AUGGAUACUGCCCCGGCUGCCAAAUCGGAGCCGCCACCCAGUCAAGAGGCGCAGACUGUACGACCGCCAAUGAGACGCAUGCAUUCAGAUGAGACAGAGCGGCCAUCCUCAGCACAGCGCACAAAAGACGAGGUCGACGACGAAGCAGAUGCUGCCGCUGAACAACAGUCAGAAGACGAAGAGAGUGAUCCCGCAGAAAAAAUUGUCGAUUUUGAUUGGGAAGACCUAGAGGCGCGGUACCACGAUGCGAUGAAGACAUGCCACAACGAAGAGGAUCUACUAAUGCAAGAGUGGGACAAUCUCAUGAAUGUACAGCUGCCUCUUCUCUACUUCUGCCCGAACAUCAAUGUAGUCAAAGCCUUCGAGAGUGCGCUCAACCUCCUCAAAGCCAGUGGCCUUGGUCGUUGA